AUGGAGGCGGCUGGUACAGCAGGAACGGAGGCGGCUGGUACAGCGGGGACAGAGGCCAGUGACGCCGCUGAGACAGCUCCGGGUGCUGCGGGAGGGCCGGAGGCGGACGGCACAGCGCCGGCUGAGCCGGCCGGGGCGGGUGGCUGGCCGGAGCAGACCGGGACGGAGACGGAGGGCUCCUCGCCGGCCGAGGUGGACGGCUCGCCGCCAACGAACGGCGACCGGACGCCGCCGGCGGCGGGAGACAGUUCCUCGGGCGACGGCGACGCGGCCGCGUCCAACGGUGUGCUGGCGCCGCGCGCCGCCGCCGCCGCCACCAAGGCGGCCGCCGCCAUCAAGAAGAGCCCCGGCAAACCGAGGAAGAGGUCGGCCGCUAGCCCGGGCGGGGAGGCCGUGAAGCGGCCCUCCGUGAUGGCACUGAAAAAGUCGGGCGAAAAGUUCACGCAGACCAACUUUUGCUGUCAGAUCACGUACAAGCUGCCUCGGUGCCGCGAGUGCCGCGCGGUGCCCACCCAGCGACACAACAAGCCGUCGGGCAUCUACUGCCGGUUCACAGCGUUCCGCAAGGUGCGUUACACGCGCACCGGUCAGCUGGCCGUGGCCGGCUUCUGCGACCCGUUCACCGACUCUGGCGGCGAGAGCGACCGGCUGUGGCGCGCCAGCGCGGCCGGCCCGCCCACCAUGCAGCCUGAGAUCGCGAAGUUUCUGCUGGCGCACGUCGGUAACCAGUUCUGUGACCUGGUGUCCGAGGAGGAGGCUGCGCGUCGCGCGCACAUGGGCGACGACCAGACGGUCGCCUGGAAGCGGGUCGUGCAGGGCUGCCGCGAGAUGUGUGACGUGUGCGAGACGACGCUGUUCAACGUGCACUGGGUGUGCUCGCGGUGCGGUUUCGCCGUCUGCGUGGACUGCUACCGGGGCCGGCGAGACGGCACGGCGCGCAGCUUCGGCGACCCGCCGCCGGAGCGCGACCAGUUCCGGUGGCUACUGUGCGGUGCGCGGCCGCACCAGCAGGAGCGGCUGAUGCUGACGCAGAUUGUGGCCGGUGACGCACUGCAGACACUGAACCGACAGGUGCACGAGGCGCGCCAGCUGGCCGGCCUGCCGCUCAGCUGCGACUGCGAGCUGGCCAAAAAGCUGCAGGCCGAGGCGGCCGAGACCGCCGCCAAAGCCGAUGCCGUGAAGGCGGAGCCGGCGCCGGGCGGCGCGGCGCGCCCGCCGGCCGGCGCGGCGCGCCCGCCGGCCGGCGGCACGCUCUCGCUGCUGGCCGACGUGGCGCUCUCCCGGCUGUCCUCAGACGACAGCGACAGCGACUCGGACGGCUCGGACGGCGGCGGCGGCUCGCUGGCGCUGCGUAGGCUGCUCGUGCCUGGCGCGUCGGCAGACGCCAGGCCGCGGCCGGCGCGCAAGGAGCGGCCGCGCCGCCCCGGCUGGUCCAUGGGUGACUCGCUGGACGAGCUGCUGGACAAGGUGUCGGCGCGCUGCGGGGCGGCCGCGCCGGCCGGCCACGCGGCCGCCGGCCCGGCGGCACUGCAGCACUUUGUGCGGCGCGCCACCAGCCGGCGCGGCUUCCGCGAGCGGCUUCCGAUCCGGAUCAUGACGCUGGGCGAGUCGACCCGGCUGUACCCGAACGUGCGCCACGCGUGGCUCUGUGACGGGAAGCUGCUGCGGCUGCACGAGUCCACGGCGCCGGACAGCGAGCGCCUGUUCCGCGACCAGUGGAAGCGCGGCCAGCCGGUGCUGUGCUCCAACAUCGGCGGCGGCCUGGACCGCUCGCUGUGGUCGGUGGACGCCUUCAUCCGCGACUUUGGCGACGUGCGCAACGACCUCAUCAACUGCCGCACGGGCAACAUCGUGCCCAACCAGCCGAUGCGUCGCUUCUGGGAGGGCUUCGAGAGCGUGACGCGCCGGCUGCGCGACGACAAGGGCCAGCCCAUGAUCCUGAAGCUGAAGGACUGGCCGCCGGGCGAGGACUUUGCGGACAUGAUGCCGCGCCGCUUCUCUGACCUGAUGUCGGUGCUGCCGAUGACCGAGUACACGCGCCGGGACGGCCGGCUCAACCUGGCCUCCUGUCUGCCGGACAUCUUCGUGCGGCCCGACCUGGGGCCCAAGAUGUACAUCGCCUACGGGUGCGCGCUGCACCCGAGCAAGGCCUCCACCAACCUGCACCUGGACGUGUCUGACGCCGUCAACAUCAUGGUGUACGUGGGCAUCCCGGCCGACGGCGACGCCGACAACGCCGAGGCGCUGCGGGCCAUCGACGAGGCCGGCUGCGACCAGCUGACCAAGCGCCGCGUGCGUGACGAGCUGCCGGGCGCGCUGUGGCACAUCUACCACGCCGCCGACGCUGACAAAAUCCGAGACCUACUCAACAAGGUGGCCAUUGAGCGCGGUGACCAGCUGGAGCCGCACCACGACCCGAUCCACGACCAGAGCUGGUACCUGGACGGCCCGCUGCGCCGCCGACUCUACGAGGAGUACCGCGUCGAGGGCUACCCGAUCGUGCAGUGUGCCGGCGACGCCGUGUUCAUCCCUGCCGGCGCGCCACACCAGGUGCGCAACCUGCACUCGUGCAUCAAGGUGGCCGAGGACUUUGUCUCGCCGGAGAACAUCGGCCACUGCUUCGACCUGACGCAGGAGUUCCGCUCCCUCUCCGACACGCACACCAACCACGAGGACAAGCUGCAGAUCAAGAACAUCAUCUACCACGCCAUGAAGGACGCCGUCUCCUGCCUGCUGGGCGCCGCGCGCGCCGACAGCGCGGCGCCCACCGUGAAGGAGGAGCGCGGCGCGGACGACGCUCUCAGCUGAGCUGCCGGCUGCGGGCGGCGGUCCCGGCUCUGUCUCGCCGAGUGGCGCCGCGGCAGUGAGGUUCGGGUCGCCAGCUGCCGGCGGUCAGGACGGGUUUGGGGUGUGACCCCGGCACCGGCGAUCAUGGUGGGUCGGAGGUGCCAGGUCCCCGACCCCGGGACCCGGCACCAGCGGUCGGACGGACGGACGGGUCGCAGGUGCCUGGUCCCGGCAGGGACGGUGUCCGUGUGUGUGCCAUGGGACGGGAUGGCCGGAGUCUGUCUCGGCCGGGACGGGGCGAGUUCGGGCGAUCUCUGCAGACCGUGUUGGCGCCGACAGUCGCACAGCACGCCUGGCCGUCAUAGGGGCGGUGUUAGGGACGCCAGCGUCCGUCCCUGAACUUCCUUCAGCGCUCCCCUCCCUCCCUCCCUCCCUCCCUGCCUGCCUCUGGUACCAAACACUGCCAGGUCCGCUUACAAGUCAAUAAGAAACUCUGAAUGCAAGGAAACAUUGCUGCAGUCUCCCUGGGACAUUGUCGACUGCCUGUUUGUGCCAGGUAUCGCCGUGUCUUUGUCUCUAUCUCAGACGAGUUGGAGCAAUCGAAACAUAGCGAAACGACUGGUGGGAUGCUGCAUCCAGUCCAUGAGCUUGAAUGUGAUUGACAUAUUUUCGGCCAGAAAGUCGGAUGCUGUGAACCUUUGAGUGCAAAAAGCAUCUGUCAUUUUCGUCACACCGCGUGGUAAUGCACUGUCAUUAUCACUCUGUUGGCAGACCUGUUCUUAGCGCUGUGUACAUUGUGUGUAUUUGAAGUGGCGUAUCGUGCGGUAACGGGGCGCGCAGUAGCUCUGUCGGACUAGCGCCGGCUGCCUGACAGGGCCCUGGCCAGGCCUUUUCCGUUUUAUGCGACUGAAGGGGCGCCGGGUGCUCCGCCGCCUUUCGGUACGCAAUAUAAAAUCGUUCUUAUUAUGUGGGUCUGCGAUGACCAGUGUGGAGGUGUUUUUGCCAUUUAAAUGCGCGUGGUCGCUGGUCGCUGGCUCGUGCGCGGUAAAGUCAGCCAGCUUCGGACACGUCGGGUUAAACUAGCAUCGCUCCUUGUCGCUCCCAGCGUAUUACCGACCCAUUGGGCCGCUGUUGAAGAGUAACUGGGAUGACUUGUACGUGUAUCUGCCCAGUCAUCGGCCAUAUCACACCACAGUCAAUACUGGAACGUAGUGCCGCUAUGUUUAUUUGAUUUCACCACACACACAUGUUGACAACUUGAUAGCAUAUUGGCGAACAAAAUAUAGAUAUUGCAGGGCUGCACUACCCAGCUGCGCAACAAUGACUGCAUA